AUGCCGAAAAAAUCGUCAUCAAUAGAAAUAUCCGGCUACACAGUCCUCCCCCUGCGACUGCCCGCAACACCAUCAUUCCCCUCACCAGCUACUCACUACCUCUACCUCCGCGCUCAUGAACCCCGGAUCCCCGACGCCGACGCACCGCGCUCGCUCUUCCUCGUGAAUCUCCCGAUUGACACGACAGAGUUACAUUUGCGACAUUUAUUUUCAAGCCAAUUGUCAGCGGGACGGGUUGAAAAGGUUCAUUUCGGGUCUACAGCCACUUCUGCCGCCACAACAACUACCGUCAGUACGACCGCCAGUGAAGCAGGACAAGGCAAAAAACGUAAACGAGACGAAAUCACAGCAUCAGACCUACAGAAUCAACUGGAAAAUGUCAAACUCCCAUCAACCUGGGACCGAGCAUUACAUGCCAGCGGCUCGCAUGCUGUUGUCACUUUUGUCGAUAGACCGGCUAUGGAGGCUAGUCUGAAAGCCGCACGCAAAGCCGCACGAUCACGGUCUCGGUCUACAGAAGGAGAGAAGAAAAACAAAGGAAUAACAAUACCCUGGGCCGAAGGUAUCGAAGACCGAGUGCCCAAUCUCGGAGCAUCGCGCUACCAGAAACAUUGCAAUGAGCUACGCUUCCCGGCCGCGGACGAAUUAUCGGGUAUUGUGAAUGAGUACAUGUCGCUGUUUGCGCAGGUAGAAGAGACGCGGGCUCGCGAGUCGGCGCGUCGUGCACAGGAGCCCGACGAAGAUGGGUUUGUGACUGUGACCAAAGGGCCGCGGUUGACGGACUUGGCUGCGCGAGAGGAAGAGGUGAGGGAGCUAGUGGAGAAGCAGAAGAGGAGAGAGGAAGGGCUGGGUGAUUUCUAUCGGUUUCAGACGAGGGAGAAGAGGAAGGAGAGGCAGAAUGAUUUGUUGAAGCGGUUUGAUGAGGAUAGGAGGAAGAUUGAGAAGUUGAAGAGGGGGAGGGGUGGGAUUAUGGGAUUGCACCUAGUUCGUUAUAUUUCUCAGUUCCAGUACUCCCAACACGGCAACUCUACGCGAUCAGAUACGAUGAUCGCAUCGAAUCCAAACUACGUAGUUCGACCCUCUCCUCAUGGAUAUAGCAAUAUCAACACACCCACCACAAUGAACACAACAAAUACUACAGGCGCAGAAGAAGGAGGCUUCCUAAAUCCCACCCUUCCAUCCCCUGCACCAACUACAUCCACCAGCACCAACACCACCUCGACCAUCACCCUCCCACGCCAACGCAUCCACCCCCUCAAACCCGGCGGCGCAAAGGAGUCGUCGCUAAUCAAUCAUGUGGAUCGCAAAAUAUUAAGAAUAAAUCGCAGGCAUGCGAAGAAGUUUAGUAGUGCUUUGCGGGGUGCUGAUGCCGAUGAUACUGUAACAGGAAGCAUGCGAGAUGCUGACGCGGAGGACGGGGAAGGAGAGGCCAAAGGGUACGAGAGUUUCACGGAAGUUGCCAGGGAUAUCGAGGAGGUUAUUGAUGUUGUUUGGGUUAGUGGGACGCCAUCCCUACAAAUACCCUACCUCAUCUCGCUCGCGGGACUGGUCAAUACCUACCUCCCAGAAUACCCUUUGGGAGCAGCGGCGGCAAAACAGACCUUCAGACUCCUCAGGAAAUUCGAUGUCAUGUUUGCCAGUCUCCUGGUUGGCGAGGAUGUAGAGUCGGGCAUCCCGCUCAGCGGGUUUGAGGCUGGGCGUGCUGGGUAUGUGAGCAUGACGGAGAAGGUGAGGAUCAAGAGUGUGGCGGAGACGAGUAGGAUUGUGGUUGUGGAGAUGGAGGUUGGUGAUGAUGUUGACGACGAAGACGAAGACGAAGAUGGCAUGGAUAUAGAUGGUGGUGAUGAUGAUGAUGAUGAUGCUGCCACUGAGACCAGGACGUGGGAAAUGGAGGCGGCCAGGGUUUAUGAGAGGACGAUUCAGUACUUGGGGGAUGAAUUGGGCAAGGCCGAACUUGGUUGA